UGUUAACGUUGUCGUCAGAAAAUGUGCGACAUUUAUUGUAGUCCCGAGGUUGGCGGCGGAACCUUCUAACGCGGGAACCUUCUAACGCCGGAGUCCAGCUCGCGGUUCACUGUUGAAGACGAACGAGGGACGAUUGAUAUGUGUCGAAAUAUUUAGCAUGAAAUAUGAUAAGGCGACGUCACGAGUGAACGGUUAGCUAGCUCGGCUGUUGCCUCGUUAGCCUCGCGUCCGUCGUUUUGAAAGUCAUGUGUUACAAAACCGGAAGACCUCGCAACAACACGCAGCUGUAACAACCACACCGACUGAAACGUUCAUGUGUUCGUUGUGGUGCAAACAGGUUUUCUUCGGAACUGGUUCUGUGUGAAGCGACGCGGCCGCAACAUGUUGAACGUUCCGACCCAGUCGUUCCCGGCGCCGAGCUCCCAGCAGCGGGUCUCACCAUCCGGUCAGUCCGGCAGGAGCAAGGUGGCCCUAAAGCCUGGCCACAGUCUCAUGGACUGGAUCCGGUUUUCCAAGAGCGGUAAAGAUCUGACCGGACUCAGAGGGCGACUGAUCGAGGUCACGCAGGAAGAGCUUCAGAAACACAACACGAGAAACGACUGCUGGACUUGUAUACGAGGUCUGGUGUACAACGUGACCCCCUACAUGGACUAUCACCCUGGUGGAGAGGAGGAGCUGAUGAAGGCGGCCGGGAUCGACGGCACCGACCUGUUUGAUCAGGUCCAUCGUUGGGUGAACUAUGAGUCCAUGCUGAAAGAGUGCCUGGUGGGUAGGAUGGCCACCAAGGUCACCACAGCUAUUAAAGCGAUCGUCCCUCCUCCACCACUGACCGGCCUCGCCCCACCCAUGUCGGUGGCCCCUCCCCCAGACAAAGACUCUCGACCUCGGUACGACUGGUUCCAGACCGACGUGGCCGUUCAUCUGGUUGUUUAUGCCAAAAGAAAGAUCCCCGGCUCCGGCUGCACCACUGUGGACCUCAGGUCGGGCGUUCUACGACUGGAACUGCUGUUGGGGAAAAUGUCCUACAUGAUACAUUUACGUCUCGCAGAGGAAGUUGAGGAAAAUGUUUCUGUCAACACUGCCUUCUCAGUGGGAAAGAUCCAGCUCAGCAUCCGGAAGCAGGAUAAAGGGAAAUGGACGAGUCUCGGUCAACCGCAGGAAUUGCACAACACAUUUGUACAGAAGAAAGAUCGAGCUCCCUUCUAUCGGGACUGUGUGUUGGUGUCUAAGACGGAGGUGAACCACAACACACACGUGUUCAGACUGCAGCUGCCACGUGGGACCGUCGUGCACGUGCCCGUCGGAAAACACGUCUACCUCAAAGCCUCCAUUCAAGACACCGAGGUGGUGAGGGCGUACACACCCGUGGAUCAGAACCUGGCGGCAGCAGGCUCCUCCCACCUCUCGUCACAGGAGUCAGAUCUCUACCUCAUGAUCAAAGUUUACCCCGAGGGAGUUUUAACCCAGCACCUCAACACGCUGCUCACCGGAGACCGUAUAUCAGUCAGCGGUCCAGAGGGAACCUUCUCCGUCCGUCGUCUGCGUGACGUCACUCACCUCUACCUGUUGGCAGCAGGAACAGGGUUCACGCCGAUGACUCGACUCAUCAGACUGGCCCAGGACAUCGACACCAUCAGAGAAACCAGACUUCUCUUCUUCAACCGACGGGAGGAAGACAUUCUGUGGCGCUGCCAACUGGACCAACUGGCCGCUGACGACGAGAGGUUCCAGGUGGAGCACGUCCUCUCUGAUCCCUGUGAGAGCUGGAGCGGCAGGAAGGGUCGGGUAGACGAGUCCAUGCUCCGGGAUUUCCUCAACAGACCCGAAGGGUCCAAGUGCUACGUGUGUGUGUGUGGCCCCACGGCCUUCACAGAGCUGACUAUAGGGUUGUUGAAGCUGCAGGGCUUCAGUGAGGACGAGCUCCACGCCUUCAGAGGCUGAUGUGCUCCGCCCUCGACCCUCCUCCCUUCGCCCAGUGUGCCUGCGAGUGAAAGAAGAGUUCAGUUUUUAAUUUCUGAACCUGUGUUUGUGUGAAAUCAUGCAAACGGACAAUUGUAUAUUUUCUAUGCACCGAGGAGCCGAUGAUGCAGACAGAAGACAGUGCAGUAAAAUUCUCAGUUUGUACAGUUUGACCAGAGUCUUGGAGCAAAGUUUAUAGAUUUCAUCUUAGUAACUGUGAGCUGAAACAUUGUAAUGUCAAGUGUACAAAAAUAAAAUGAAAGCAGUGACUGAGCUGAAGUAUAGUGAGACAAAGAGAAAUGAAUGAGGUUUAUGCAAAAUGAAAAGAGACUGAACGUGAGCCUGUGUGUAGCAGAGGAUCGUACAUAUGUUACAAAGAUGCACUUACAGGAGUCGACCACUGCAGCGCAAUAAAAAUAUUUUAUGGUCA